UGUAUGUAUUGAUAAUGUAUUACAGAAUAGAGUGAAUGAAUUGAAUGAUUGAAUUGAAUAUAUUUUCAGUGAUUUGUUUGAAAUGAUUGUGUAAUACAUGUUAUAAACGAGUGAUUAAUCCAUUGGUUUAGCGUUGAAUCGAGUGAUCAUUGUUUGGCUCACUUUGUUAUAUACCGCGGACUCAAGUGUUGGUCAAAUCUGUUUGGCUGUAAAGCACGUGAAGUACUGUCCAAAUGUUGAAACAGUUGGAAAUGGGUUUACGCGCCGUUUUGGUCUUCGCCUCCAAGAUAUGGACAUUCAUUUGCUAUGUCCUCAAGAAACAAGUCAGGACUGUAAUACAACACCAAACGGUUAAAUACCAUAUCAUGCCUUUGUCUCCGCUCUCCAAACACAGACUAAGUUUGGUGAAGAGGAAGGUAUUGGUGUUAGACUUAGACGAGACGUUAAUACAUUCACAUCACGACGGAGUGAUUAGACAAAUGGUCAAACCGGGAACACCGCCCGACUUUGUGCUCAAAGUGACAAUAGAUAGACAUCCCGUCAGGUUCUUCGUGCACAAGAGGCCACACGUCGACUACUUUCUUAAUGUCGUGAGCCAAUGGUACGAUUUGGUUGUGUUUACGGCAAGUAUGGAGAUAUACGGGGCGGCCGUCGCCGACAAACUGGACAACAAUCGGGGCAUUUUGAAGAGGAGAUACUUCAGACAGCACUGCACUCUAGACUACGGCAGUUAUACCAAAGACUUAACGGCAAUAGUUCAGGACUUGUCCAGUGUUUUUAUUCUAGACAAUAGUCCCGGUGCUUACAGACAGUAUCCGGAUAACGCAAUACCUAUAAAAUCGUGGUUUUCUGACCCGCGAGACACAGCUUUACUCAAUUUACUGCCAAUUCUGGACGCAUUAAGGUUUACAAGUGAUGUGCGUUCAGUGUUGAGUCGGAACCUACAUCUCCACAACCUAUGGUAGCGCUCAGACUUCCGCAACAUAUUCUCAGUUUCAUAUAAUUUGUAAAUACACUUCAAAUUUUCAUCAUUACAUUCAAUUUGAACCAAAGAUCGAUUUUAAACAAUUUCGGAUCCAAUGAUAUAACGACUUAGUUUUUGACAAUUAUUUAUCUUCUCAUCUGUUUUCUGAUGCGUUGAUUAAAAGUAUGAAAUAAUAAUAAUAAUAAAAAAACAAUAAUAAGUAAUAAUAACUGAUGUAAAAUGAC